AUGACCUCUGCCCUUCAUUCCCUCAGCCUCACUCUCAGGUUGAGUUUAAUCCUGGGUUCUUUCUUAGGCCUAAGUCUAGGGCUAGAGUUUAUGGGCCUACCCAACCAGUGGGCCCGUUACUUGCGCUGGGAUGCCAGUACACGCAGUGACCUCAGUUUCCAGCUUAGAACCAACGUUUCCACUGGUCUUCUUCUCUACUUUGAUGAUGGAGGAAUCUGUGACUUCCUCUGCCUUUCCCUGGCAGAUGGUCGUGUCCAGCUACGCUUCAGCAUCGAUUGUGCAGAAACAGCUGUGCUAAGUGACAAACGGGUUGACAAUGGUGGUUGGCACUUCGUGAUGAUCAGCAGGAAUAGGCUCAGAACAAUCCUGGUUCUAGAUGGGGAGGCCAAACCUGGGGAGGUUCGACCUCAGAGACAGCAUAUGAAUAUUGUUAGUGAUCUGUUUGUUGGGGGUGUUCCUGAGGAUAUACGCUUUGAUGCACUCACAUUUACCUCUGUCAGGGAGCUGCCUCCCUUUUCUGGAUAUUUAAUGGACCUUAAAUAUGGCAAUUCUGAGCCCCAGCUUCUGGAUAGCCAUGGGGCACGGCUGGAUCUUGAGGGACUGUGCACAGAGAACCCAUGUGAGAAUGGAGGAUCCUGCUUACUAUUAGACGGUGAGCCAACGUGUGACUGCACAGCCACUGGAUAUGGGGGCAAGUUCUGCUCAGAAGCGAGGGAAGAAAAUGUGGCCACUUUCCGUGGCUCAGAGUACCUGUGCUAUGACCUAUCCCAGAACCCUAUCCAGAGCAGCAGUGAUGAGAUCACCCUGUCCUUCAAAACCAGACAGAGGAACGGACUAAUCUUGCACACCGGCAAGUCUGCAGACUACGUCAACUUGGCUCUAAAGGGAGGUGCAGUGUCCCUGGUCAUCAAUUUGGGCUCGGGAGCAUUUGAAGCCAUUGUGGAACCAACUAAUGACAAGUUUAAUGAUAAUGAAUGGCACGAUGUCAAGGUCACACGGAACCUGCGCCAGGUGACAAUCUCUGUGGAUGGUAUUCUGACCACAACGGGGUACACUCAAGAAGAUUAUACCAUGCUGGGAUCUGAUGACUUCUUCUACGUUGGUGGUAGCCCCAGUACAGCUGACCUUCCGGGGUCCCCAGUAAGCAACAAUUUCAUGGGGUGCUUGAAAGAGGUUGUAUAUAAGAACAAUGAUAUUCGCCUAGAGCUUUCUCGCUUGGCUCGAAUUGGAGAUACAAAGAUGAAAAUUUAUGGAGAUGUAGUUUUUAAAUGUGAGAAUGUAGCUACUCUGGACCCUAUUAGUUUUGAGAGCCCUGAGGCUUAUAUCAGCCUUCCCAAGUGGAACACCAAACGUAUGGGCUCCAUCUCCUUUGACUUUCGCACUACAGAGCCUAAUGGCCUCAUACUUUUUACACAUGGAAAACCUCAAGACCGAAAAGAUAUUAGAAGCCAAAAGAAUACCAAAGUGGACUUUUUUGCAGUUGAGCUUCUUGAUGGCAAUUUGUACCUUCUUUUGGAUAUGGGCUCAGGAACCAUAAAGGUUAAAGCUACCAGCAAGAAGGCUAAUGAUGGAGAAUGGUGUCAUGUGGACAUCCAGAGGGAUGGAAGAUCAGGUACCAUCUCUGUCAACAGCAAGCGCACGCCUUUUACUGCCAGUGGGGAGAGUGAAAUCCUAGACUUGGAAGGAGAUAUGUAUUUGGGGGGUCUUCCUGAAAACCGAGCAGGACUUAUCUUGCCCACAGAGCUCUGGACUGCUAUGUUAAACUAUGGCUACGUGGGUUGCAUCCGAGAUCUCUUUAUAGAUGGGCGUAGUAAGAACAUCCGCCAGCUGGCAGAGGCACAAAACGCAGCAGGAGUAAAGUCUUCUUGCUCCCGCAUGAGCGGCAAGCAAUGCGACAGUUACCCGUGCAAGAACAAUGCUGGUUGCAGAGAUGGCUGGAACCGCUUUGUGUGCGACUGCACUGGAACAGGGCACUGGGGAAGAACUUGUGAAAGAGAGGCGUCCAUCCUUAGCUAUGACGGUAGCAUGUACAUGAAGAUUGUAAUGCCGCAGGUGAUGCACACUGAGGCUGAAGAUGUCUCCUUUCGCUUUAAGUCUCAGAGAGCCUAUGGUCUUCUGGUAGCCACAACAUCUAGGGACUCUGCUGACACCUUAAGGAUGGAGCUAGAUGGUGGAAAAGUUAAACUCACUGUCAACCUAGACUGUAUCAGGAUUAACUGUAAUGCCAGUAAGGGGCCAGAGACCCUUUAUGCUGGACAGAAGCUGAAUGACAAUGAAUGGCAUACUGUCCGAGUGGUGCGGAGAGGGAAGACCCUCAAACUUACAGUGGAUGAUGAUGUUGCCGAAGGCACUAUGGUUGGUGAUCACACUCGACUGGAAUUUCACAAUAUUGAGACUGGCGUGAUGACCGAGAAACGCUUUGCCUCUUCUGUUCCUUCCAGUUUCAUUGGACACCUUCAGAGCCUUAUGUUUAACGGGCUGCUAUACAUCGACUUGUGUAAAAAUGGAGACAUUGAUUACUGUGAACUAAAAGCAAGAUUUGGUAUUCGCUCCAUCAUAGCCGACCCUGUAACCUUCAGGACCAAGGCCAGCUACCUAACACUAGCCACACUGCAAGCUUACAAUUCAAUGCACCUGUUCUUCCAGUUCAAGACAAUCUCGCCUGAUGGGUUCAUCCUCUUCAACAGUGGGGAUGGAAAUGACUUCAUCGCGGUGGAGCUGGUGAAGGGGUUCAUCCAUUAUGUGUUUGAUCUUGGAAAUGGACCCAACGUCAUCAAAGGUAACAGUGAUCGUCCACUGAAUGACAACCAGUGGCACCAUGUGGUUAUCACACGAGACAACAGCAAUACGCACACACUAAAGGUGGAUACAAAAGCAGUGACCCAGGUCAUCAAUGGGGCAAAGAAUCUUGACUUGAAAGGUGACCUUUACAUCGCUGGCCUGGCACAGGGCAUGCACACCAAUUUACCCAAGCUGGUGGCAUCUCGGGAGGGAUUUCAGGGCUGUUUGGCUUCUGUAGACCUAAAUGGGCGGCUCCCAGAUCUGAUCAGUGAUGCCCUGCACCGCAGUGGGCAGAUAGAGCGUGGAUGUGAAGAUGCUUUGACUAAAGCUAAUCUACAAGGUCCCACCACCACUUGCCAAGAGGAUUCCUGCUCCAACCAGGGGGUCUGCAUGCAGCAGUGGGAGGGAUUCACGUGUGACUGCUCUAUGACCUCAUACUCUGGGCCCCAGUGCAAUGACCCUGGGGCUACAUACAUUUUUGGGAAAAGUGGAGGUCUGAUUCUUUAUACCUGGCCACAUAACGACCGACCCAGCACGAGGACGGACCGUCUAGCCGUGGGUUUCAGCACCACAGUAAAAGACGGGAUACUUGUUCGCAUCGACAGCACCCCAGGACUGAUGGACUUCCUGCAGUUACACAUAGAACAAGGUAAAGUCGGUGUAAAGUUUAACAUUGGUUUGAUGGACAUCUCUAUCAGAGAGGAAAGCACCCCGGUUAAUGAUGGCAAAUACCACGUGGUGAGGUACACACGAAAUGGAGGAAAUGCCACAUUGCAAGUGGACAAUUGGCCAAUCAACGAGCACUACCCAGGAGGGAACACAGAGCUCCACCAAAAACCGAAACUACCCUUUAAAAUAUCCCGGGCUCCAGAAGAUGGGCAGCAGGACAAAGGACGACCACUUACCAUCUUCAACACCCAAGCCCAAAUAGCCAUUGGGGGAAAGGACAGAGGGCGUCCAUUCCAAGGUCAGCUCUCCGGUCUUUACUACAAUGGGCUCAAAGUUUUGAAUAUGGCAGCAGAGCACCACCCACACAUCAACAUCAGCGGCAGUGUAAGACUUGUGGGGGAGGUUCCAUCCACCCAGGGUACAUCUGUAACAACUUCUAUGCCACCGGAAAUGUCUACAACCAUUAUGGAGACCACAACGACACUUGCUACGACGACGACUAGGAAGAACCGAUCUUCUCCAGGAGGCACGCUUACUGAAGACAUUGGCUCCUCUGCAGAAUGUUCUAUCAGCAGUGAUGAUGAAGAUGUUGUAGAAUGUGAAACAGGCACAGGAGAUGAAUUAGUAAUCCCUGUCCUUGUAGAAGACCCUUUAGAUAUCCCCCCUAUAGCUACACGUGCACCCUCCAUCACUCCCCCUCCCCCCUUCCGACCACUCCUCACCAUAAUUGAGACCACCAAAGAUUCCCUGUCUGUGACCCCUGAUGCGGGGUUACCUUGCUUGUCGGACCAAGGCAGCGAUGGUUGUGAUGAUGAUGAUGGUGAUGAUGCCUUGGUGAUAUCUGGGUAUGGCUCAGGGGAAACCUUUGACUCUAACCUGCCCCCUACUGAUGACGAAGAUUUUUACACCACCCUCUCCUUGGUAACAGAUAAGAGCAUUUCCACAUCAUUCUUCGAUGGUGGCUUCAAAUCACAGGCGCCCAAAUGGGGAUCAAAGGAUUUUAGACCUAACAAAGUCUCCGAACCUGGUAGGACUUCUACCACAAGUUUGUCCCCUGAGCUGAUACGCUCCACGUCUUCAUCUGAGAUGGAGCCCAUGGUGCCAGCUGGCAAACUGAAUAACCAUGAGCUCAAACCCCAGCCUGAUAUAGUCUUGCUACUGUUGCCCACUGCCUACGAGCUAGACAGCACCAAGCUCAGGAGUCCAAUAAUAACAACCCCCAUGUUCCGUAAUGUGCCCACAGCAAACCCCACGAUGCCGGGAAGCAGACGAGUCCCGGCGGCUUCUGAGGUGGUCCGGGAGUCCAGCAGCACGACGGGGAUGGUCGUCGGCAUUGUGGCAGCCGCUGCCCUGUGCAUCCUGAUCCUCCUGUAUGCCAUGUACAAGUACAGAAACAGAGAUGAGGGGUCCUACCAGGUGGAUGAGACGCGGAAUUACAUCAGCAACUCUGCACAGAGCAAUGGGGCCCUGGUGAAGGAAAAACAGCACAGCUCAAAGGGCAGCCAUAAGAAACAGAAAAACAAGGACAAGGAGUAUUAUGUGUAAAUACAUCAAUCAUAACAUAUGUAACCAGAGCAAAUACACAGAUAUGUGAACAAAACACAGACAGCAAAGGCAAAAUGAACAUUGCUAUUGAUGUAUAGAUAUAUAAAUAGGUACAAACAAUAGCAAGAGAGCGAGAUAUGGAGAAUCAGCUGCCUG